CAGUGGCAGUGAAGAGAGAGGUAAAGCACACCAUGUGACUGCUGAGUAUCAGGGGAGAUUAGUGGAUAGGUAGGCGCGUGUCUGUAACUGUCUGUCUAGAUUGCUAUGUCUCGGUCAUUUUGGACCGUCCUGAUUUGAACUGUCAUCCCCCCGACCUGGUGAUGAGGUUGCCUCUAUAAUAUUUCAUCAUCUUUUUUUGGACCUGCAAUGCCACUGCUGCCAGAGUCAGUGGAGGCAGAGCACUUUGACGGACUAUCCCUGCUCUACUGGACAAUCAUGGGUCCCCAUGGCAUCAACCGUGCUGUGCAAAGACUGGAAUUCUUAGACUGCAGACAAGGUCUUGGGGUGAAGAUUAUUGGAGGAUACAGAGAGCUAAGUGGUGAAGAGUUUGGGAUUUUUAUUAAGCGAGUGUUACCUGGUGGUCUUGCAGCACAGGAUGGACGACUGAAAGCAGGUGACCUCAUUUUAGACGUCAACAACAUGAAUUUAGCAGGCGUUACAAAUGAAAGGGCAGUGGAGAUUCUGCGCAUGGCAUCAGCCACGAAUCACAUGUCUCUUCUGAUCGCUCGUGAUGAGGAGUCCUGGAGAGAGUUUGUUGAGCUUAUGGAGAAAUAUGGCUCCAACAGCAACACAAGCUCAGGAACAGGCAGGAUUUCUCCUACGCUUCUCUCUACAGGUAAACUGACUGACACUGCAUCAUCAUCAUCAUCAUCCAGAUCAACAAGCCCUAAAGACUGUAGCACAAACCCAAUUACUCCACAGGUCUGCUGCGACUGCAUGAUUCAGCUGAUAUGUGUUGCAAAGGGAACAGGUCUAGGCUUGGUCAUUAAAGGUGGAGCAAACCGUGCAGAAGGGCCAAUGGUGUUCAUUCAGGACAUUAUGCCUGGAGGAGACUGCCAAAGGGAUGGAAGACUAAAAGCAGGAGAUCAACUCAUAUCAAUCAAUAAAGAGUCCUUAAUUGGAGUAACACAUGAGGAAGCAAAAAGCAUUUUAACCAGAACAAAGCUCAGACCUGACCCGACUGUGGAGAUAGCGUUUAUCAGGCAGAGGUCUUCCUCUGGCUCCAGCAGCGGUCCACACAGCCCUAUUUCCCUGCAGCCCCUAUCCACUACAGGCUCUCAGCUCAGACCACUGACCCUUGGCGGAGUAACUGUAACUAUGCCUGGAGGGCUCGUGCCCAAAUUUAAUCCCACUCCUAUCUCUGGAAGUGAGACACUGCCUUCUGUCAAUCUCACACAGAUACGAGCAGUACCGGUGAAAUCGGAGCUUCCUUCAGUCACUACACCUGACAGUGCCUGCACCACAAUGGACAACUCUGCUUUGUCUUCAGAUGCCACUACUGCCUGUAAGUUCAGCACCAUGGUCACCGUCACUCAUCCGAAGCCUUCUUCACUUACAUCUAGCUGCCGUAUCAAACUGGAGAAGCUGGAGCAGUUGUCAUAUCCCCAGGCACUGGAGGUCUUGGGUUUAAAGCUGACGGAGUCUCAGCUCCAGCCACUGAGAGAGAGACUCCAGGUGGACCAAGGAGGAACAGUGGCCUAUGGAGAUUUUGAGACUGUGACGAAGGAAUUCUUGAAGUUGACAAACAAAUCAGGUGUGCAACAGCAAACAUCCAGAGUCACUUCUGAUGAUCUGACUGACUCUUCAUCAAACCCGCAGGUAUCAACAUCUGACUCUGAUGACCUGGAUGAGAUGGAGAGAAUGAGAAAAGAUCACAUUGAAGCCUUAAGAGAAAUAAAGAGACUGCAGGAUAGGGUGGCUGAGUCUGAGAGCCUGUGUCAGGAGAUGCAGCAGGAGCUGACUAAAGUCAAGCAGGAGGCAAAAACGGCUGUGGAUGAGAGAAGAUCUCUGCAGACACAGGUCCAGUUGGCUGAGGCUGCGCAGAAGCAGGCACAGGGGAUGGAGAUGGACUACGAAGAGGUCAUCCACCUCCUGGAGGAAGAGAUAGCAGAGAUGAAGUCUAUGAGAGCAGAAAAGUCAGACCAACUGAAGGAGGAUCAGGAUUUGAAGAAAAGGAUUGCUUUGCUUGAGUGUCAAUUAAGGAAAAGUGAAGUUGCAAAGAAUGGCUUUGAAAUUUCUACUGGCAAACUACUGCACUUUGUGAAGGCCAUUCAAGACUUCCUAACAGAGAAUCAAGGAUCUUUCAGCACUUAUAGUUCUGAAAGUGAGCCAAAGCUGGCUACACUGUCUCCAACUCUGACUACACAAAGUGGGAGGAAAGUGUCUGGAAUGGCCUCCAGGCUGGCUCUGGAGGCUCAGGAGCUCAUUCACACAGUUCAAGCCAUCUUAGAGGUUGAUUGUUUACCCUAUGGCUGGGAUGAAGCAUAUACUGCAAAUGGAGCCAAAUACUACAUCAACCAUGUGACUCAGACAACAUCAUGGACACACCCUGUGAUGAACUCCUUGGGUCUGUCUGAACCAGAGGCAAACAAGCCAACACAGAACUCACCAGAGUCCAAAGGCUAGACCCAAUCUCACAACAAUGGACAUUUUUCUGAAGAUUAUUUGUUUUACAAAACCAAAAAAGACUAAAGCUAUUGCAUUAAAUACAACUUUACAUGUAGGUUAAAUCCAACUCCGAUUAAUUUUACCAGUAUGAAAUCCAAACACAUUUUACAAGGGGGUCCAUGAUUUUCUGGGCCAUAUGAAAAUGCAGACACUGAUAAUUUGUAGUACAGAUCCAGUAACAAGCACUCCUACAUCUGCUUCCACCAAUGCCUUUUUAUAGAUUUUUAAAGAGUCAGACUUGUUUUCUAUUUCAGUCUGGACGGGCAUGAUACUGGAUAUUGCCCAAAGUGUCCACAUAAUUAGCAAAGAUGUAGAUUAACAUUAUUAGCAACUCCUAUUAUGGUAAACAAACAAGACAAAGUCAGUGGUGUUGUCAUUUCAUGACUGUCUCUGAUUUUUUUUUUUUUGGAAGACACAUUGGUGGAGGUGCAUAGUGAUACAAUUUACAUUUAGAACAUUUGGCAGCAACAAUUUCAUAUGUGCUGUCUUUCUGUAGCAGAGUUAUACUGAAGCUCAGAAGUGAUGCCAGAUUGUUAGCAAGUUCCAGAUCUCAGCAGUGUGGCUGUUCACAGUAUCUGUUCUAACACUAUCUACAAUGUCCUACAGGUUGCAGUUAUUCCUAAUUGGAGCUUUAACAUUACGAUUUGUGAAAUAAAUCUAUAUAUACUUAAUGCCAGUCCCCUGGAGAAGACUGGGGAACUGACAUUAAGUCCCCCAUUGUUUAAAUCACAAAACAGACACACACAUUCUACUUUCAGGUGUUCCUCCUUUUCUUCAAUUUCAAGAACUUCCUUUGUUAUUCCACUCUGGGCUUUGCUGUUUUCCAAUUUUCUUCACCAAGUCUCUGACCUAGCCCAUUUACGAUUUUCAUUCUUCAGAAAAUUCAAAUCUUUGAAGUCAAAAUAUGUAUCAUCCUGUCUUGUACCCAGACAGGUCUGUAAGAAAGUAAAGUGAGCUUUGCCAAGUCCUGAUCUUUAAACCUAGUUUAAAUGCAUUAUCUCUGACUGAUAUAAAUGUAGUAUACAGUUAGUUUAGUAAUAAUCUGUCUAUAACAUCUUCAAUGAACAGUGUUUAUUAUUAUUCGACUCUUCUACUGUAGUGGCUCUCGAAAUCUGCUCCAGAGGAAUGGGACACUGUCCACAAUUCACAAUGGCAUGUUAGUUACUUUUAUAUUUCAUUCUUGUGCAGUCUGAUAUUCUCAACACAGCAAAGCAAUACUCGUCUGUUGUUAUCCUAUGUGGCGUUUAUAACUGUUAAGAGGCAUAGCACACAUGUGAGCAUGUGUGGAUGUACCCUUAGCCUUAUGUUGAUAUUUACUGAAAAGUAUGUCUUGAAGGUUUGCUUUGCUAAGUGCUGAUUUAAUUUUAUUAUUUAAAAUAUGCCUAAUAACAGAUUUAGAGUAGAAAUAUAUAUUUAGACAGAUAUGAUACAUAUGAUGAUUAGAUAUGUUCCCUGUUUUAUUUGGGAAUAUAUUCUGAUUUUGUUGUGAUGGAAAUAAAGUACUCCGGACAAGAGAAUAUGAUCAUUUCCAGUUUACUUUUUGUGCCGAGUGUUACGGGUCUAGCUAUUUCUGAGUUGGAGUGUACAGCACAACUCAAUACACCAAAUGCUCAGGGCCAUGUGUAUUGAU